AUACAACCUCGCUAAAGGCGGUCGACUUCUCGUAAAAUGUAGAACAAAUAAAACUGCAAGCCCGAACAAUUCAAUCGGUUCCGUGAAUUGUAUUAAAAUCGCUCUCACGACGAGCCGAGCACCUCUCUUUUUGGCUUACAAUUAGUCGUCAACACCCGUUUGGACUAUGAUAAUUCUUGUAGCUCUCUGUGCCAGGGCCGCCGCACUCGAAAGACACUUUGUGUGUGCGUUCCAAAGGCGCGUCGUCACAGAAAAACAAACACAAGGCGCGAGCAAUAUCAGCUCGGCGACAAUCACAAUCGUAGUGUCGCGGUGCAAUUAGAGCAGAUGAGAGCGGCCAGCGGGGUGGCUGCAUUUAAAAAGUCAAAUAAUUAAUUUUGCCCUGAAUUGUGUAAAUACUUCGGACAGUUCCGACGGCGCACGUGCUCUUUCUUUUGGCUCUGGUGUGAUAUAUGCUGUGCAGUUCUUGGACAGAAUUAAUGACCUCAUUUUCCGCGAUACAUUCGCAACGCUGACAGUCGUGUGUUGGUUGACUCGAUUUGCUGUGCGGAAAACAUAUAAAAUGUGUAUAGGCGAAACAUCUUCCGCCGCACCUGCUCAACUUUCUCGCUUGGAGGACCUGGCCCUUAAUGCGGUGGCAACGGUGCUGAAGUGUACCAUCAGGCGCAUCAAUGAUAUGCCGAAUCUGCCCAGAACCUCCCCAAUAGCUGACAUCCAAAUCCAGCUCCGGUCCAAUAUACCUGCUUCUCUCAGGCAACGUUUGUUGGACCUCGGCCUCAAAUGCGAGCGCAUUUACAAUCCUAUCGACUUAAUGAUGUUUGAGGUUCUCCUGUCAUCUGACAUCAAGAGGUUGACGGUUAAAUUUGUGCGGAAGUGGUACCAAGACAUCUUCCUAGAAAUUCUGGGAAAGCAGGGAAGCGGCCUCAUGACUCUGAGACUCGAGGACUUCAGGCUACCCUACAGAAAAUUCUCCACUGCUUUCUCCGCCCUCGCUUCGUUGACCGUUCUGAUCCUCAAAUACACAUGCGAUGACCUGACCCUCUGGCACAUCGGCCACGGCUGUCCGUCGCUUCAGAAACUCGACGUAUUUGGCUGCAAGCAGGUUACUGACCUAGGCGUCAAGGCGUUAUGCAUUAAAGACAUUCCAGAGCCACAAACAGAAGAAGCAUCCAGCGGCAAGGAGGAAAAGAGCUCGUGGAUAUCAAAUCAGCAGAGUUUUUGGGAAAACCUAACUUGCUGCUGUAGCAGGGCUCCUGUUGGGAUAGCUGUGGUGGGCUUAUCGUGGUGGAGGGCUAGUCUCAUGCGAAUAUCAAGGAAAAAUGCGUGCUGCACUACUUUGUUAGUGAUAAACGUGCAAUCGACCAGUGUGAGUCAUGACGCAGGGUUGCCCUUGUUAAAAAACAGCUGCCCCAACGCAAAGGUGCUGAUUGGACUUGGAGUUGACAACAUGUGAUAUUUUCAGUGUGUUCUAGACAAUGAAAUUCGAUUAUAUUCAGGCAUAAGUUUUUAUUUCCGUGAGCAUGGGUAGGUCAAUUGAUCCGCAAUUAGCCAACGCAGUUGGCAUAUAUUUAACAACAAAAGGCGCCACCCUAUUCUAUCAAAGAACAAUCAGGUGAACGUAUAUGUAGCUCUAUUUGAAUUGUAGUGACAACAAAACAAUAAAACUCUAAGCUAAUAAAUAAA